AUGUCGUUCGUUACCAGUUGUGCGGUGUUUUUCCUCCUCGUGUGUGUUUCGUGGACGAUGGAGGACGGAGCUGAGUUGUGCGGUGUGGGACUUGUGUUUUGUUUUGACUGCCGCGCCUUCCGGAUGGCGAUGCGAGUCUUUGUGUUUUUACUGCAUGCGUUUCUGGUGUUCCUGAGGGCGUAUUGUCCUCUUGGCUAUACACUCCUUUUUGCGGCCGGAGGACUCGCUGUGCACGUGUGUGUCUUCCUCUCUCACUCUCUUUCUUUGGGCAUGCGCGUUGUUCGCCCUUCAUGCCCCGCCUUUCUUUGCUGGCAGGCUCCGUUGAGCACCCCACCACUCCUCCAGAAAAUCAGCCGUGAAGACCCGCCGUCAGCAAAGAGUGAGCAUGCAAGCCCACAUUAUAGCAACCU